AGGACCUUGAGCUCUGAAACCAGAUUGCAUAGUGGAGAAGGUACGGUUGAACAGGCAAAUAAUAGGGGUUGAAACAAUUUUGGCAGAUGAGAGCCACUGCACUCUUCCUCCCAUACAUGUAGCCAUAUAUAUUGACUAAAAAGAGACAUGCUUUAUUCAGAUCGUAAAACUAGUUUUUUUGUCAAUAGAUAUGGCUACACUACAGGCAGACUACAAUAGAUCCUGGAAAAUAGACACUGGUAUAGACACUUCCAUGUUGUAGGGCUGUUGCGUUCUCAUAUUUACGGUAAUAGAUACCUACGUCACGAGUUGAACGGAAGUAGGAUUGCAAUUGCGCACGCAUCUCUCACUUGAAACGUUGCCAUUUAUCAUAAUCUACGGAUUGUUUAUUGCACGUUUUACUUCACACAGAGAAUACAAAUCUGUAAUUUGGGCUGGACGAGAUGGCAAACUGCAAUUUUCAGGCUCAGUUGGUAUCCAUUAUGGAGGUAUUAGCUAAAGCAGCUGUAGCAGAAAUAAACAAACGGGUUGAUGAUAGCUGUGCAGUUAUACGGUUGGAAAUUACCCAAAGCCAGCGAGAUAUUGAUGGACUGAAAAGGAAGUGUCAAAUGAUGGAGGGCGAGCUGAAGAAGACGCGAGGACGAGUCAGGAGAAAAGCUUUUUACCCAAUGGCAUCUGAGAAAUCUUCAUAUCCAGUCAAGAUUGUUUUGAACAAGCAGAGGAAUAGCUCACAGUGGAGAGACGAAGAGAUGGCUGUUGAAGAGGACUCUCAACCCCAGCCUACAGAUGUGGAGCAGAGAGCAGAGACGGAACCAAUACUGAUCAAAGAUGAGGAGACAACAGAGGAUGUGUGGAAGACUGACACUCAGGAUGAGCUCAGGAUCACUGGAGAGGAGUCUGGUUCCAAGUCUGGGCAACCACCAUCCUUUGAGCAACGGCAAUUUGAUGAGGACUUCAUCACACAACCCAACAUAUCUCCUGAAGACUCAAUGGAACAUUACCCCAAUUCUGAUGGUCCAGAGGAACCAGGCACACCACGGUGUACGUCUGUAGAGAAAUCAAAGGUGUUUAGCACAGAGCAGCACCGGCCAGCCGAGGAUGAGGACUCGCAAGAGCUAGUGAUGGUGAAGGAUGAGAAAGAGGAGGAGCUGGAUCAGACCACAGCCCUGGCAGGACCUGACCAGUUUGUCAUGGAUGAGACUGAUGGGCAGCUGUGGACCUCUGUGGAUCCAGGCAGACACACUGAUGGCCACCCAGAUUUCUCCUUUCAUUCCACAGAGGAGUACUCUCAGAAUAUAUCCAUUUUUCCAUCUCAAAGUGGGCUGCCAUCCCUUCCUACUAUGACAGAUGCUGUAGGGCCAUCGGUUCACUCUUCUAGAGGGAAACCACAUGCUAACAUGUUCAGUGCAGCAGCACACAUGAAAAAACAUGUCAGGACAUUGGCUGAUGAGACUAGACAACAGAUGCCAGAAGGACAGAGCAGUGAGAUGCUGAACUCAAAUAAUGAUGGAAAUAGUUUAGCUCUACAGCCAAGGCAGCAUCAGCACAGGGCUUCAGAAGCAACAGUGAGAAUGAGUGAGUGCAUGACAGGGUCAAACAUGGCCACCACCUCCACCUUCUCUGGAUACAGCCUGAGUCGCAGUAGUUUUAACAUGGUGAAGAGAAUGAGGACUCAGUGGAGGUCGGGCGGCACCACCGGAGAGAAACCGUACACCUGCGAACAGUGUGGCAGGAGUUUCACCAAGCAGUACAACUUGAUCAGACAUGCUGUGGUCCACAGUGGGGAGAAGCCCUACGAGUGCACACAGUGUGGGAAAUGCUUCACCCAGCGCUCCAGUAUGAAGUCACAUCAGAGAACUCACAUAGGAGAGAGUCCAGUGUCUCAACAUGUGGUACCCCCAUACCCUGGGGAUCCACACACAAGUUUAAUGUUGUCUCAGACCAGAUGGAACAAAUACAAGACCAAGGAGACUAAGCAGGAGCACAUGGUAGGUGCUACGGAAUCUGAUGGCACUGUGAAGCUGUGGUACCCCUUCCAGUUGGGAGAUUGUAGACUUUUUACUUCACACAGAGAAUACAAAUCUGACAAGAUGGCCAGCUGCAAUUUUCAGGCGCAGUUGGUAUCCAUUAUGGAGAUAUUAGCUAAAGCAGCUGUAGCAGAAAUAAACAAACGGGUUGAUGAUAGCUGUGCAGUUAUACGUUUGGAAGUGACCCAAAGCCAGCGAGAUAUUGAUGGACUGAAAAGGAAGUGUCAAAUGAUGGAGGGGGAGCUGAAGAAGACACGAGUCAGGAGAAAAGAGAGAUCUUCAUAUCCAGUCAAGAUUGUUUUGAACAAGCAGAGGAAUAGCUCACAGUGGAGCGACGAAGAGAUUGCUGUUGAAGAGGACUCUCAACCCCAGCCUACAGAUGUGGAGCAGAGAGCAGAGACUGAACCCAUACUGAUCAAAGAUGAGGAGACAGCAGAGGAUGUGUGGAAGACUGACCCUCAGGAAGAGCUCAGGAUCACUGGAGAGGAGUCUGGUUCCAAGCCUGGGAAACCACCAUCCUUUGAGCAACGGCACUGUGAUGAGGACUUCAUCACAAAACCCAACAUAUCUCCCGAAGACUCAGUGGAACAUUACCCAAAUUCUGAUGGUCAAGAGGAACCAGGCACAUCCCGGCUCACGUCUACAGAGGUGUUUAGCACAGAGCAGCGCCGGCCAGCCGAGGACGAGGACUCACUAGAGCUAGUGAUGGUGAAGGAGGAGAAAAAGGAGGAGCUGGGUCAGACCACGGCCCUGGCAGGACUUGACCAGUUUGUCAUGGAUGAGACUGAUGGGCAGCUGUGGACCUCUGUGGAUCCAGGCAGACACACUGAUGGCCACCCAGAUUUCUCCUUUCAUGCCACAGAGGAGUACUCUCAGAAUAUAUCAAUUUUCCCAUCUCAAAGUGGGCUGCCAUCUGUUCCUACUAUGACAGAUGAUGUAUGGCCAUUGCUUCCCUCUUCUAUAGGGAAACCACAUGCUGACAUGCUCAGUGCAGCAGCACACAUGAAAAGACAUGUCAGGACAUUGGCUGAUGAGACUAGACAACAGAUGCCAGAAGGACAGAGCAGUGAGAUGCUGAACUCAAAUAAUGAUGGAAAUAGUUUAGCUCUACAGCCAAGGCAGCAUCAGCACAGGGCUUCAGAAGCAACAGUGAGAAUGAGUGAGUGCAUGACAGGGUCAAACAUGGCCACCACCUCCACCUUUUCUGGAUACAGCCUGAGUCGCAGUAGUUUUAACAUGGUGAAGAGAAUGAGGACUCAGUGGAGGUCGGGCGGCACCACUGAGAGGCGUUUCAGCUGCACCUUCUGUGGGAAGAGCUUCCAGCGUUUCAGCCAGCUCAAAGUACACCUCCGGAGUCACACCGGAGAGAAACCGUACACCUGCGAACAGUGUGGCAGGAGUUUCACCAAGCAGUGCAACCUGAUUAGACAUGCUGUUGUCCACAGCGGGGAGAAGCCCUACGAGUGCACACAGUGUGGGAAAUGCUUCACCCAGCGCUCCAGUAUGAAGUCACAUCAGAGAACUCACAUAGGAGAGAGUCCAGUGUCUCAACAUGUGGUACCUGCAUACCCUGGGGAUCCACACACAAGUUUAAUGUUGUCUCAGACGAAAUGGAGCAAAUAGAAAAUGUUACAAACUAUCAAUUAUGUUUUAUGUGAUAAUGUUACACGCUUUUCCUCCAAACUGAUUUGUGAACUGGUUUUCAUGUUUGACUGUUGACUGCUCGUCACUUUCAUUUUAAUAAACAAUUGAUUUACUACUGGUA